AUGUUGCGACUGUUACAAUGUGUCCCAGCUCGAUAUCGUUUCCCAGCCCGGCCAGGAUCACAUACGUUCCGGCAAAGGGUAUUUUGGACUUCUCCACUUGGAAGAAGUCAAUUUUCUACAGGAAAAGAUGCAAAACCUGGUCCAAGUUUUUCAGGCGACAAAUCAUGGACAAGAUCCAUGCUGGCAGCCGCAGGAGGAUCACUCAUCACCGGGCUUUUGCUUUUCAACCUUCGUGGGCAAGUGCCCAUCGCAGACGCGGAGCACGAGCAGUAUCGAAUCAAUGAGCAGAAGAAGCCGAGCUAUGUAUAUGCGUCAAAGGAAGAUCUAGGCAAGGCACUUUUGGAAAUCCGAAAAGAACUCGGAGAAGAAGGCAUCAGCACCGAUGAUGAUGAUCUGAGACAACACGGAUUUUCUGAGUGGUCCUCGAUCAACAUCGACCAGCUCCCUACAGCAGUUGCCUUUCCUAAUAGCACCGCGCAAGUCGCCAUGAUUGCGAGAAUCUGUUCCAAGUACAAAGUUCCAAUGAUUCCUUAUUCUGGCGGAUCGAGUGUGGAAGGCCAUUUCUCGGCGGCUCAUGGUGGAAUUAGUGUUGAUUUUAUGAACAUGUGCGAUAUCGUCGAGUUUCACCCUGAAGAGUAUGCCUUCCCCAUCCCACCAUUGAGCAAAGCCUAUACAGAACCGCUCACGUUUAACAGCAUGGAUAUUGUUGUCCAACCCUCAGUGUCGUGGAUGGAUAUGAAUGACAAAAUCAAAGAAAGCGGGCUGUUUUUCCCGAUUGACCCGGGCCCUCCUGUGAGCCACCUCUUCAAAACUAACAUCCAUGCAAGUGGCACAAACGCUGUGCGUUACGGUACCAUGAAGGACUGGGUAAUCAAUUUGACUGUUGUUUUACCGGAUGGCCGUAUCCUUAAAACACGACAGAGGCCCCGUAAGUCAUCAGCGGGCUAUAAUCUGAAUGGCCUCUUUACCGGUGCCGAGGGAACCUUAGGAUUCGUGACAGAGGCAACCUUGAAGCUAGCACGAAUUCCAGAAGAGACCGGAGUUGCCGUCACAUCAUUUCCAACCAUGAGAGAUGCGACGAAUGCUGCUAUUCAGGUUGUGCGUGAGGGAAUCCCCGUCGGGGCCGUCGAACUUCUGGAUGACGUGCAAAUGGAUGUUAUCAAUCGAAUGGGCGAUACCGGGAGAGUGUGGAAAGCGAAACCCACGCUAUUUUUCAAAUUUAGCGGCACCAAGGUAGGCGUACAGGACAACAUCGAUGGCGUGACUCAAAUUGUGCAUGCAAAUCACGGGUCCAAAUUGGAGGUCGAAAAGGAUAUGUCAAAGCAAGAAGUUCUUUGGUUCGCUCGCAAGCAAGCACUGUGGAGUAUGCUCUGUCUCAGAGAGUCCGGUCAUGAGGUUUGGUCUACAGACGUCGCGGUUCCAUUAUCCAAAGUUUCUGAUCUUGUUGAGGUUUCAAAGAAAGACCUCGACAAGCUAGGACUUUUCGGCAGUAUGCUUGGACAUAUCGGGGAUGGUAACUUCCAUGAAACAAUUCUAUACGAUGGCAAAAAGGAAUAUGAGUCGGUGUCCAAGUGUGUUCACGACAUGGUUCACCGAGCUAUCGAAAUGGAGGGUACCUGCACGGGUGAACAUGGCAUUGGACUUGGAAAGAAGGAGUUUAUGGUGCGGGAAGUAGGAGAAGAAUCCCUUUCUGUGAUGAGGGCGAUCAAGCAAUCACUAGAUCCCUAUUGGCUGAUGAACCCUGGAAAGGUGUUUGAUCCUUGA